AUGUACAUCCUCUACGUUACCACCAUCAUCGUCUCCGCUAUUGCUACUUUGGUGGCAUCGAUCGACCACAAAGUUGACGUAUACAACCAAACCUCGCAGAACCAUAACUCAUCCGGGAAUAUCACUCUCCAGUCGUCAACAGAGACAUCAAAAACCAAUGACAGUGAUCGAAAGAUCAUUGUCAUUCAAAUGGUUGGCCGUGUAUUCAUUUUUCGUCUUGUUGCUCGCAGGUUUGCCAGUGGACAUGGCCAGGAGGAUAUCCAAUUCCUAUCAGGCAGUGUGCUUAGGAUAAAAAUGAUAAGGGCUGGGGUCGGUCAUUCUAGGUUCAUCCUAGGAGUAUGA